CAGCGGCUCUGGUCUGCGCCCCUGACCCUGCCCCUGCCCCUGCGCCUCCUCUUGGUGAAUGGUUUGAAAUACACAUGUAUGUUGAAGGGGCAUCUGAACCUGAAUUUUUCUAGUUUUUUUUUCUCGUGAUGAAUAGAGGUUGUUGAUAAUAUGACCAGAGCCUUGAAUACACUGAAUGUGGAUGUGUUUUGGAUAGUAGUGGUCCAUUUUGGAUGGGAACAAACAAAAAACAUUUUCUUUUCCUUUAUUAUAUAGUUAGAUUCUUGAUCAACAAUCGCCACCUUUCCAGUUACGUAAAUAACCUCAACUGGGUACAGCAAUGUCGAAUCCGCUUCAGCUUCUUCUCGACCACCUCCUUCUAUUAUCGGAACGAGUAGGAGAUUCUCUCUCCCGAGCGACCUACACCCAGCCUGAAGCGUCCAAUGUCAACAUCAAGUCCACUCUCGAGUCCCUUCUUCCUCAUCGGAUCUCGCCUUCAUACUCUGAUAUCUCCGACUUUGAAAUCACGGCCAAAAUGAGUGACUUCACCCUAUGUUGCGCAGCCUUGGCUGCUGCCUCUUACUCCUCUUGCGUGGAGCUCUUGUGGAUUCCCAGUUCGCUCUCUGUGGCUGCAGUCUCGGCAUUCAAGCUGCUCUCUGAAGCUUACUCGAAUUUUUUUGGCUCCAAAGAGUCGAUGAAAGUAGGCCAAUUCGAGUUUGAUUUGAAAUUUGUGCCCAAUGACGUGCGGUUACUGAUUGAGUUAAUGCCUCAAGUGCUUCCCUCGCUUAAAAAUAAAAUAAAGGAGAGUGUCAUUGAUAGGUCGAUUGACACUGAUGAGUUUUCUGCUGCUAGCGCUAGAACUCCUGCAGCUUAUGCAAUUCUUGCUGCCCACCAAUUCAAAUGGUUUGUUACCCAGGUGAGCUAUCCAUUUCUGGGGAAGGUUUGCUCUUUGGUCAUUCCAUGUGGACUAACGGCUCUAGAUCACUGGUCACAAGAAGUGAAAGGACAGGGCAUGAUUAGCUUCAUACAUUUAUCUAAAAAUGUGAAUUCAGCUGAUAUUGGUUCGUAUGAGGAUGUAAUUCUUGAUGCUUGCUGCCAAAAUAUUGCUUCAUCAGAUGAUGAAAUAUGGGAAUAUGUUGUUGAGAUGUCAGUUCUCAUGGUGACUCUUACCCAGAGAAAUAGUCCACGGAGCAUAUGGUAUGAAAAGCUGCUUAAUGAGAUGUUGAGUCACUUGGAAAGGCAGCCUAAGAAUAAGGAGCGCCGCAUUGCAUGGCUUAAACAUAUUGAGCCACUAUUCAACAGUGUAGGCCUUGUACUGCUAUCUCAUUUUAGGCGUAUUUUUCCUCUGUUCUUUAAAUGGAUGCAUGCCGAUGACGACGACACUGUAUUAUUGGUACUAGAGCGUACGAAAUCAGUUUUGAGAUUGACAUGGAUACGGAAUUCUCCAUACAUUGACAGAUUGGUGGAUGACCUUAUCACUCUGUACAAGGAAGCAGCGGUGAGAGUUCUUCGUGAAGACAUCAGAUCGCGUAUUCUUCAUACACUAAUAUUGCUCCAGAAGUCCAGUGGUUUACAUUUUGAAGUAGCUUGGGACAAGCACAAGAGUGAUCUGGAUUUGACUGUUCUCCACCAACUCUUAUUGGGAAGUCAUACAGCAGUGGUAGAGUAGCCCCCCUUCUAGAAAUGUUUUGGAUGUAAUAGAGGUUUCUUAUUCACAUUUCAACACAGCAUUGAUUAUAGUUGAAGUAUCCAUAUAGGCGUAUUGUUGCCCUGAGCCACUAAGGCUAUACGCAAAACCAGCAAUAGGAAGACUUGGCUUUUUAUUAACAUGAGGUGUACGCCUCAUUGCUCAAUGCCUUGAGGUGUAGCUAU